AUGUACCAAUAUCAGGACAUUGAGGAAGAUGGCAGUGGCUCGGACUUCUUGUCAGAGGACAAUCGUGAGCCAAGAAGCCGAACUACAAUAUGGAGAGUUGCUGGAUUGUCAGCCACUCUUUUUCUUGUGGCUGCUGCAUUGCUGACCAUCCCUGCUUCAGCACCACUGAAGGCCAAGAUUGAGGGGGUCAUGUCAAAAAGCGAUGACUGGAUAAUGAGUGGCGUCUUCACGCCCAUGUCGCUCCCUGCAUCAGUUGCCGGUCCCAGCGCAAUUGCGCCAAAAGCGGACCUCAACGACGGCAAUCCCUGCAAUGAUGACGAGGAGAAGUUCGAAGGUAUUUGCUAUAAGAAGUGCUCGAUUCUUACCGAUGGCACACACAACAUCCGGACCACCGCCUUCACCUGUUGUGCAGCAGAGAAGAUUGAGGACUGCGGGUUCAACAACCAGGAGAUGAAGAUGGCCCUUUGCGAUGGCUUUGACGUCGCUGGAGACAUCAAUGGCCAAAAAGGUGCCUGCCCGCACAACAAGGGCAACUGCUAUGCAAACGAGGAGCUCUUUCUUGGACAGUGCUACAAAAAGUGCAGCGAGCUCACUGGAGGUGUAUAUCACAAUCGAAUCUCAUCAUUCUCCUGCUGCAAGAUGGACAGCUACAUGCAGUGCAACCCGUUUGCCUUCGUGGACUCGCAAGUCAAAAGCGAUCCCUCGUUCAAUGUUGGCGGCGAGCCCGGCAGCUCGCCACACUUUCCCAUCAAAGAGCUUGAUGAGGCAUGA